GCGGGCAGUGGCAGCGCGCGCUGGCGCUGCUCCGCCAGAUGCACGGCGCAGAGCUGGACCCGAGCGUGAUCGCCUACAACGCCGCGAUCAGCGCAUGCGGGAGGGGCGAUCAGUGGCGGUACUCCCUCUGGCUACUCGACGAUCUGCGUGGCGCCAGGCUGGACCCCAAUGUGAUCAGCUACAGCGCUGGGGUCAGCGCCUGCGGGCAGGGCAGGCAGUGGCAGCACUCGCUGCACCUGCUCGCGGAGCUGCGGCGAGCGCGCCUGGAGCCGAACCUCAUCAUCAGCAAUGCCGCGAUCAGUGCGUGCGAGAAGGUCGGGCAUUGGCAGCAGGCCCUGUCGUUGCUCGGCCAGCUGUGCGAAGUAGAGCUGGAGCCAGAUGUCAUCAGCUUCAAUGCUGGGAUUAGCGCCUGCGAGAAGGGCGGGCAGUGGCAGCAGGCGCUCUCACUGUUCAGUGAGCUCCAGGAGAAAAAGCUGGAGCCAGACGUGAUCAGCUACUGCGCCUCCAUCAGCGCGUGCGAGAAAGGCGAGCAGUGGCAGCAGGCACUGUUGCUGCUCAGCGAGCUGUGGGAUUCGAACUUGGAGCGGGAAGUGAUCAGCUACAAUGCUGGGAUCAGCGCAUGCGAGAAGGGUGGGCAAUGGCAGCGGGCGCUAACCUUACUUCGCCAGUUGUGCGACACAAAAUUGGAGCCAGACCUGAUCAGCUACUGCGCUGGGAUCAGUGCGUGCGAGAAGGGGGGGCAGUGGCAGCAGGCGCUGUCGUUGCUCAGCAAGCUGCGUCACACACAGUUUGAGCUUUGUGGAAUCAGCUACAACGCUGGGAUCAGUGCGUGCGAGAAGGGCGGGCAGUGGCAGCAAGCACUGUCGUUGCUGAGCGAGCUGCUGAGAGUAAAGUUGGAGCCUACGGUUCACCUACAGCGCUGGAAUGAGCGCGUGCGAGAAGGGCGAGCAGUGGCAGCAGGCACUGUCGUUGCUCAGUGA